UGGGCUUUGCUGACCAGGGUGGGACCAAUGCUGAGAGUGUAUCUGAUUAUAUACUGCUUCCUCGAGUUGACAGAUUGCAGAAAGCCAGGCAACAGGUGGAAGCCGCUUCCACUGUGCUCUUCUGGAGGGAGUCUGAAUGACUGCAGAUCCGGGGACGUCUCCUUCCCGCAGGGUCACCAAACAUCCAACGCAGGUGUGGCUGCAGCUGACAUACUGAAUGGGUGACCUCAAAAGAGUGGUUCGACUUCUGCCACUGAGUUCCUCACGUGUAGCAGUAGGCCACCUUCCUCUAGGGGAUCCCGGGGUCUCUGCAGUCCUGGGGGCACAACCAUUCUUGGACUUGGGCUACAACAGCCCCCGCAGAGAGGCCCCUCCCCUGCGCCCCGCCCCUCGACUCUUGGGCGCCGCCCCAUCGCAGAACAGACCACGCCCCUCGCGCAAUGGGCUCCACCGACACCCGCCCCCAAUUCUGCCUGUCGUUCCCGGUUCUCCAGUUCCUCAGUUCCUCGCUCUCCUGGCGGAAGAGCUCACCACUGAGAAGCGACCGAUUCGGUGCGCCUAGAGUGCUCCCGGAAGUCCUCCGGGAGGGGCCUAAACCGACUUCCGGCUACGGCGUGCGGGCGGUGGAGCUGGCUUUGUCGGCGGGAGUUGCCGGGGUGGUGACCGGCGGGUGUUGACCGCGGCCGCGCGCCCUCCUCCGGGCGCUGGGUUUUAAUGUAUAAACUGAGGACAAGAAGGUGAGUUGGGGCCUGAAUUUCCAAGGAAGAGAAUCCACAUGAGACCAUAUCAGAAACACUCAUUGUGAUGGAGUCUCCCAUCUCUGAGUCUGGGGGGAUCCCAGAACUCAAAUUAGGGCAUCUGUUGGAAAACCCUGAAGGACAGAAUCAGUGGUGCUCCCCCUCUCAGGAGGAAGACUUGAAGCAGGUGGCAGUCACCCACUGGGAGAUCCACACAGGAGGGACAGCCCAGGCAAGUAGCAAAUCAGGAGACAGCCCAGAACUAAGUUCUAACCUUCUUAUCCUUCAGAAAGAACGUAUGGAAGGGGAAACCCAACAACGUGAAGCUUGUGGCAAAGACUUCACUUUGCACGCCAACCUUAUUAGACAUCAGAUUUCUCAUAUUGAGGAAAAUCCUCACAUGAAUGACCCAUGUGAGAAAGGCUUCAGUCACAGCUCUCCCCUUGUGGAGCAUCAGAAUAUUCAUACCAGUGAGAGGCUUUAUGUUUGCAGUACAUGUGGAAGAGACUUCCUGCAGUAUACAGACUUGGCAGAGCACCAGAGGACACAUGUGGGUGAGAAACCCUUCAAGUGUGCCCAGUGUGGGAAGUCAUUCUGUCACAGCUCAGACCUCAUUCGCCACCAGCGAGUUCACACUAGGGAGAGGCCUUUUGAGUGUAAAGAGUGUGGGAAAGGCUUCAGCCAGAGCUCAUUACUUAUUCGACAUCAGCGAAUUCAUACAGGGGAGAGACCCUAUGAAUGUAAUGAGUGUGGAAAAUCCUUCAUCAGAAGCUCCAGCCUAAUUAGACACUAUCAGAUUCAUACAGAAGUGAAGCAGUAUGAAUGUAAAGAAUGUGGGAAGGCCUUCCGCCACCGUUCAGACCUCAUCGAGCACCAGAGAAUCCACACUGGAGAGCGGCCCUUUGAAUGUAAUGAGUGUGGGAAGGCCUUUAUCCGGAGUUCAAAACUUAUUCAGCAUCAGAGGAUCCAUACUGGAGAAAGACCUUAUGUCUGUAAUGAAUGUGGGAAGCGUUUCAGCCAGACCUCAAACUUUACUCAGCAUCAGAGAAUUCACACUGGAGAGAAGCUCUAUGAAUGUAAUGAAUGUGGGAAAGCUUUCUUUCUGAGCUCAUACCUUAUUCGGCACCAGAAAAUUCAUACUGGAGAGAGGGUAUAUGAAUGUAAGGAAUGUGGGAAAGCUUUUCUCCAGAAAGCCCAUCUCACUGAACACCAGAAAAUCCACACUGGGGAUAGGCCAUUUGAAUGUAAGGACUGUGGGAAAGCCUUCAUUCAGAGCUCCAAGCUACUUCUCCAUCAGAUUAUUCAUACUGGAGAAAAGCCAUAUGUAUGUAGCUAUUGUGGAAAAGGCUUUAUUCAGAGAUCAAACUUCCUUCAACACCAGAAAAUUCACGCUGAAGAAAAGCUCUAUGAGUGUAGUCAGUAUGAAAAAGAGUUCAGUUCUACCCCAAACUUUAAAAAGUAAUCAGGGUGUUCACCAAGAGGGACUUUCAUUGAUUAAGACCCCCAUACAUUUGGGAGAGAGAUCUAUAGGUCAGGGGGAACAUAAAAGUAGCUUAUAAUUAUUCUCCAACUCAGUGAGUGAUAUUGGGAACUAAGUGGCAUAAGUUUUAAUCUUUGUGGCUUUGGACAUCAUCAGAUUUUCCCAAAGUCAUGGAUGGGGCUCCCUUCCCUUUAGGGAAGUGUACAACCAUUUUCCACUUUGCAGCCUCAUCAGGCUGCUGUCCUUACCAGGAAUGUGGGGCCUCAGGAGAUUGACAUAUAACUGUACAAAGACUCUGAGCUAGAAUAGUAUCAAGGGAAUGCUGAUUUCAAGAAUCUUGAAGAUUGUAAAUUUUAUUUUACAAUUUUAUAAUUUAUCCUGCAGGUAAAGCAUCUUUAAAGCAGGAUGAUGUAUCUAAUGUUGUUACUAAAAAAGAGAAUUGCAUACCAAAUAUUAAUUCAAAAAGGCAGGUUGGAGAAAGAUACUUUGUUAGUUGAUCCCACAAGUUGAUCUCUUGUGGUCUUGAGGAUAAAUACCAUACUCUCUACCUUGCAUCAUUAGCCUGUUUGCUUCUUGGAGCCUUGUGUCGCUUCAGUUAACUACCCAUUACAACUGGUAUGGCAGUAGUUACAAGUGCUCAAAAGUCCCACUUGUCUAAGAUUCUUUCUGCCCUAGCCUUUGUCCUUAUUUGAAGACACCCUUUUCUCCUGAGUGACUCAUUAGUGUCAAGAUCCAUUGUAUUCAUCAUGUCUGGCAAUGUGUUUCUGUUUAGAGCUUGCCUCUUAACUGCAUAUAUAUAUAUAUAUAUAUAUUUAAAGUGUGUUUUAUGUACUAUCUCAUUGUGACACUGUUAAUUCCAAAGGACAGUGAUCAUAUCCAACUGAUGUGUUUGUUCCUAGUUCCUAAUGUUUAGCACAAGACAAUAGAAAGCAUAUCCAGUUGCCUAGGAGGUGACAGCAAAUAAAACAUUGGACUUUCAAGCACGGGAUCCUGAGUUUUAUAUCUGGCAUUGCAUGUACCAAGGCGAUGUUCUGGUUCUCUCUCCCACUCAUUAAUAAAUAAAAGUUUUUUUUUUUUAAAGAAAAACACCUAAAUCUAUGUGUAAUUGGCACCACUCAUCUUUCUGUAUGGAUAUUUUUGAAAAAGCACAAAUGGUUGUCUGUGUAUCUUUUAAUUCAAAGGACCCACAGUCCCAAUAUGCCACAUAACUCUUCUGUCUUAGCAGUUCCAUGAUUAAUCAGCUCUUCUUGCUCCAAUUCCUACUGUCAGACUCAUUUUGUUGUUUAUUUCAGAAUGUAUUUAAGAACCACAGCUAAAUACUGCAGAAACAUGAGUAUGGCACUUUUCAUCUUUGAAAUUUUCAAAGUCUGCUAGAAAGACAGAUCAGAGUACAUCAAGUUGGAGGUUAGAAUAGAAAUGUAUUCAGAUUGUGUAAGAGGUAAGGUGGCAAUGAAAUAGUCAUGGAGGAUUAGGGACAUUGGAACUCAUCUAGAGAGAAGUGACAUUUGCCAGCUAAAGAAGAAUAAAUAGUAGUAGAGUAUUGAGAUGGAAACAUGUUAUAUUGCUUGUUGUAGGCAAGUUCCAUCACAGAACUAUUAGUUGUUACCUUUCAAUUAUUUGACCCAGACAUUACCCAAAUAACCAGUUUUAAAUGGCAUAACAUUUUCUUAGAGGGCACAUUUUGAGUUCUUACCUUCAGCUAAUCCAGAAUCCUAGAAAGUAAAGCUAAUUCUAAAAGGACAUGCAGUACUCCAUUUCUAAAACUCAACCUUUACUGGAGAUACCACAAAUGAUAACAGAAACAAAUUAUACCAGAUCUUUUUGUUGAGGUCCAGUUUCCAUUACAAUAGAAUACCUAAGUGUACAGAAUUGGUAAGACUAUAUACGCAUGUAAUUGCAAUUUCAAUCAAUAACAUUUCUGUGAUCCAAAACGUUCCCUUUUGUAGUCCUCAUUAAUCCCUGCUGGCACUCACGUGGAGUGACUCCAACCGGGGGGGGGGGGGUAAGCCACUGACCCUCCCCCACUGGCUCUAGGGGCCCAGUGAUUCAGAAAGGAGGCCUCAGGGAGUAUUGUGGUAUAAACACUCAUUUAUUUGGAGAAGGGCACAGGUUUUUAUAGAGAGUUAAACAAAGAACAUAUUUCACAUAUGUCAGAAAUUAUAGGUUUCUUAAAGGUCAGCUUGCCCCUAUGGUAGGGGGCUGGUAUGACAAGAAUUGAUGCGAUACAUAAAGGUCAAGACAAUUAGUCUCCAAGAUAAAGGCAAGUUAAUUAUCCAAAGGCAUUUGAGAGAAGCAUAGGGGUUAAACCAGUAAGGUGAGGUAGAGAAGAAAAACAAAGCUUGAUGUAAAUCACAGAUAUCAAAGGACACAAGAAAAUAGGAUUUGGGGUUUUCACUGUCUGAUGUUGGAGAGGUGUAUGAUAGAGUGUGUUCUUUGUGAUCAAAAGGUGAAGUGGAUGUGUGAACUUUGAGUGAACGCUAAAGCAGGCAGCCAUUUGGCCUGCUGCUAGCAGGGGAAACUAAGUGUGAGAGGCCUGUAGGUUUUCUGUGAGCUUGAGAGACUAACAAGGAGAAACUGAGUCUGGGAGACUUUUCCCUCUUGGAUCAUCUCUAUAAGGAGAGAGGCUAACAAGUGGGGUGCCUUUCCAGACCUCCAAGGAUGGGAGAGCUUUCUAAGCUCUACCAAGCUUUCACAUAGUCCCACAAAUCCUACUUUAUCCCCUCACUUUCUGUCAUUGUAGGGUUAAUUUUCUUGUUCUAGGACUUCAUGUAAAUGGAUCCAUGUGGUAUAUACUCUAGUGUCUGACUUACUACAUUUUAGUGGCUUCAGACUCAACCAUGUAUUCACGGGUUUCAGUAUGUCUUUCCCUUUGCUGAGUAGUCUUUCACUGUAUACAGACUCCUUCAUUUGUUAACUCAUCUGUUGAUGGAAAUUUGGGUUUCCAGUUUUUGUACUUAUAAAUAAAACUUCCCAUAUU